CCGGUGCUCGCCGUCCUCGCGCUCCUGGCCGCCGCCUCCCUCGCCUCGGCCUGGCACUCCGACAGAAAGCCGCGGCUGUUCGGCGAGCGUAUCCCGAAGCAGCACCUGUCCCCCAUCAACAAGCACGUCCAGGACAAGAUCGUGCUGUACCACAACUACUUCCGCGCCAACGUCAACCCCGCCGCCAAGAACAUGCUGCUCAUGAAAUGGCACCCGGAGUCGGCGCGCGCCGCGCAGCGCUGGGCGGAGGAGUGCCUGUUCCUGCAGCACGACAACAUCACCGGCCGCUGGAUCGACCUGUUCGGCUCGUGCGGCCAGAACAUCUUCGUGUCCACGCACCAGGUGCCUUGGUUCUUCGCGGUGGAGACGUGGAACCUGGAGAAGCGCAACUUCACGUACGGCGCGGACACCAACAACCUCACGCUGGUCGGCCACUACACGCAGCUGGUGUGGGCCGCCUCGCACCAGGUGGGCUGCGGAUUCCACAAGUGCCCGCGGGGCGGCAACAGGAACAAGCCAUACUACGCCUACGUCUGCAACUACUGCCCCAUGGGCAACCACAUGGCCCGCCUGGGCCGGCCCUACGAGCGCGGCGAGCGCUGCUCCGGGUGCCCGAAGCGCUGCCGGAAGGGCCUGUGCACCAACGCCUGCCCCGCGGCCGACCUGUGGGCCAACUGCCGCGAGCUGCACGCGUCCUGGCCGCACUGGCUGUGCCGCACCAACACGCCGCAGGGCCGCCAGAGGAUCUCCUUCUGCAGGGCCACCUGCAAGUGCAGGAACAGGAUCACCUAGCCUCCUCGGGGGCCUCGUGCGUCUCGGCCAGCUUCGAGGUGGACGCCUCGGCCACGGCCGCGGCGGCGACGGUUUGAAGGACACGGCGGCACGGCGGGCAGCGGGAGGGAGUCCGGAGCAGGGCUGCCAACCCAACGACUGCACUGUGCCCACGAGCACCCUUCAAAGGACGCCACGAACUCGUCUCAAAAGACGUUCCACAGUCAAGAAGAUCGGUCUAAGAAAAAACAUGUAAUGUUUUCACUGUUAGGAAGCGGUACAUUCAAGCCAGCUCCGGGAGCAAGGUGGACAUUUGACUUUCAGAGGGUUGAGGUCGAACUUGUGACUUCUGAGAAGGCUGUUGUUUACAAACUUUUAAACUGGCGUCCUACGCUGACAUCUGCAGUGCAGAAAAUUGAUUAUGUAUAUUUACAAGUUCUGCAAUCGCACAUUGUUUUGUGUCAGGUUGGAAGAAACUGAAAGGGAACUUCCAGUCCACCAAGAGUGUGUUGCGUCCUAACUUGCUGAUCUUAAACUUUAUUCAAAAUGAGAGCUAAUAAAGCCUCAAAUGUAGUUUGGUAAUGUUCUGUUCCUAUUAAUUUAGUACAUAAAUAUCUUUUAUGGCCAUUGUA